CUGGUGUGUGCACGUUGUGUUGGAAUAUUGGCACGUCGUGUCGUGUCGUAUACACGCACACAGACAUCUGUCACUGUCCUGUCCUUAUCAGUUAUCAUGUUUUAUUUUUUGCAUUUCUUUUCUACAGUGGAGUAGGUUGAUUAAAGCGCAUGGUAAAGGUGUCGUGUAUUUAUUUAUGCUCACUAUAAUUAGUUUCUCAAUAUUUUUUCUGUAAUUGAUCAUUUUUGUGAUGGAUUCAACAUGAGUGAUUCGAGUGACUGUAUUAUUGACUCAUUAUUCACUAGAACAUUUGGCAGCAGAAAUUUUUCUGAGAAGCUAGAGAUCAUCAAAACAGGUAGGCCGACGCCGAAUUUGAAUUUGAAAACAGAGGUUAAAGAUGGUCAGCGAAGAUAUUUUCGUUCCUUUCGUUCAGAGUGGUACACCGAAGUCGUAUGGCUAUGCGGAUGUUCCCAUAUUCAAAAAUUGUUCUGCUGGCCAUGUUUUCUUUUUAGUACCAAAGUUGACGACCCAUUUGUCCGAAGUGGUGUCACUGACAUGGGUAAUUACCAGAAUCUGAAAGCAAGACAUGACAAAAGCGUUGCUCAUGUCCAAAGUAUGGUCGAUUUGGUUAAAUUUGGUAAGAGUCGAGUAGACAUUGGCAUUAGUAAACCAUAUCACGAUGAAAUUGCUAAACAUAAUAAAGAGGUAACUGAGAAUCGAUACAUUUUAAAGUGCUUAAUUGAUGUUACGUGUCAUUUGGCUCAGCAAGAGAUAGCAUUCAGAGGCCAUGAUGAGAAGGCAGAUUCUCAAAACAAAGGAAACUACGUCGAAUUACUGAAUCUUUUAGCUUUACGAGAUGAUAAAUUGGCACAUCAUUUAGAAAACUCGACUGUUUUUACUGGCACAUCCAAAACAAUUCAAAACGAAUUGAUUGAGUGCAUAAGUAAGGUUGUUGUAGAUGAAAUUAAAAGUGAAAUUCGCCAGGCUAAGUUUGUGUCAAUUAUGCUCGAUGAAUCAGUUGAUAUUUCGAAAAAAUCUCAACUAUCAAUAACGGUUCGCUAUAUUCCUGAAUCUGACGAACACCAGGUUGUUGAACGUUUUAUACGAUAUUUUGAUGUCAGCAGCGAACGUAAUGCUUCAAACUUAUAUGAUGUUGUCCAAAAGUUUAUCCAAGAGUUCGAAAUAGGAGAAAAAUUGAUUGCUCAGACCUAUGACGGGGCAGCUGUAAUGGCAGGCCAGCACAAUGGGCUACAAAAAUUGAUUUCAGAUACCUAUAAGCAAGCCCAGUUUGUACAUUGCUAUGCUCAUCAACUUAAUUUGGUUUUGAAACAAUCAGUAGAUGCGAUCCGAGAAUGCAGAAUUUUUUUCGAAACUUUGAGUGGAUUUGCCACAUUUUUUUCAACUUCAUCUAAACGAACCAGUUGCUUGGAUGAGGUAGUACAACGAAGGUUACCAUCAGCUUCAGCUACCCGUUGGAAUUCAAAUAGUAAAUUGGUCUCUGUAAUGUCUUUAGUCAAAGAAGAUUUAUGUUAUGUUUUCAACAUUAUCAUGAAUGAUGCUGAUACCUGGGAUAGCGGAACUCGUGCUAGUGCUAGAGGUUUUCUUCAUCACCUUCAAGAAUUCAAUUUCAAUUUUUUACUGGCAACGUUCGAGAAAAUUUUUGCGCAGUCAACACUUCUUUUUGAUUUAUUUCAGCUUAAAAUUUUCGACAUUCAAGCAGCCACAACAAAGCUUGAAGAAUUCAAAACAUUUUUGAGCAAUUUUCGGAAUAAGUUUGAUGAAGUUUAUGGUAAAGUUUUGGAUGCAGUGUCAAAAGUGACAAAUGAACCCAAAAGACGACGAGCUGCUGGUGAACUGCCUGAGGUUCAAGAACACAGACGACUCUUCUAUCAAAUUAUAGAUACUGUACAGAUGCAAGUUUCUGAACGAUUUGCUGAGAUAGCAAAAUUAGAAUACUUAGCUUUGCUAGAUGCUAAAAAAUUUGAAGUUUAUUCCACGAAAUUCCCAGAAAACUUGUUCAGAGCUUUAAUGGCCCAUCCUCAUGGGAAAAACUUCGAUUCAGCUAAGUUGAGAUCGCAGCUUCUUGUAACUUAUGAUUCGACAGAUUUACGUGGAUUGACAAUCCAUGGGUUAUACAAGUAUUUGAUGUCAUCGGGCCUUUCUGUUGCCUUGUCUGAAGUUGUAAAGCUGUGUAACUUGAUAAUUACUAUCCCAGUGACGAGUGCUUCAACAGAACGUUCGUUUUCAGCACUGAAAAGAAUCAAGACAGCUUUACGAUCAACUCAAGGAGAAGAAAGGCUGUCUGGAUUAACAGUGCUCUCAAUUGAAAAAAAAUUGCUGCGUCAGCUGAGGGAAAAACCUGAUUUUUAUGAUCGGGUGAUUCAAGAAUUCCUCAAAAAAACAAGAAGGAUGGACUUCAUUUAUCGAUAAAUCUUAAUUUUUCAAUGAAUUUUGAUAACUUUGUCUUAUUAUUGUGAACUAGGUAUAGGUAUAUUUAUAUCUACUUUUAUACUGUUUUUAAUGAUUCGUUAUUUUUUUCUCUCAAUGUUUCGUUUUUAUGAUUCGUAUUAGAUGAAAGCAAAUAAGAUUGUUAUUUGUGCUAAUUUUUUUCCUCUUGAGAAAGUUGAUUUUACCUUGGCCAAAAUUCCACCACCCCCAAAAACACUUUCCCCUUUUCACCUUAUGACCUUCGACUACGCAUUUGCCGAUUACAACCCGAUUACAUUCACGAGCC